AUGAACUCCCAAAAAGACAAUCCCAUGGGUCAGGAGGUCCAUCUGCUGAUUGUACCUGCACUGGUGUCCACCAUCAACAUGUUUCUGCCUGUUGUCUUUAACAUUGUGGCUUACCUGGAGAAGUACAGCUCACCCCGUGUCUGUGUCUGGGUCGCCAUCUUCAGAGACUUGGCGCUGAAGGUUUGCAUGCUGGGAUUGCUGUGCUACCAUUGGCUGGGAAAGGGAGCCGGGUCACCGCCGUGCUGGGAGAGCUUUGUUGGCCAGGAGCUUUACCGCCUCCUGCUAAUGGACUUCCUCAUCACUCUCCUGGACACGUUCUUUAGUGAUUUCACCUGCAGGUAUGUAGUAAUUCAGUGUUUCUUAACGAACUGCCAGAUGAACUCCCAAAAAGACAAUCCCAUGGGUCAGGAGGUCCAUCUGCUGAUUGUACCUGCACUGGUGUCCACCAUCAACAUGUUUCUGCCUGUUGUCUUUAACAUUGUGGCUUACCUGGAGAAGUACAGCUCACCCUGUGUCUGUGUCUGGGUCGCUAUCUUCAGAGACUUGGCGCUGAAGGUUUGCAUGCUGGGAUUGCUGUGCUACCAUUGGCUGGGAAAGGGAGCCGGGUCACCGCCGUGCUGGGAGAGCUUUGUUGGCCAGGAGCUUUACCGCCUCCUGCUAAUGGACUUCCUCAUCACUCUCCUGGACACGUUCUUUAGUGAUUUCACCUGGAGGUGUUUUUUACAGAAAGUGCUGAAGAGGAAGGGGGCGCUGGAGUUCAACAUCGUCCGGAACAUGCUGGAGCUCGUUCACGGCCAGGCACUUGUCUGGCUGGGGGUCCUGUUUGCGCCAUUACUGCCUGCUGUGCAAGUUGUCAAGCUGUUUCUGCUGUUCUACGUAAAAAAGACCAGCUUGAAGAUGAACUUUCAGCUCCCCAGAAGGCCCCUGAAUGCCCGGCAGAUGAACACCCUCUUCAUCUCCCUGCUGUGUUUCCCCUUCUUCUUGGGAGCCUUUAUGCUGGUCAGCUACACCAUGUGGGCGAUUGCACCCUGCCAUGCAUGCACGUCAUCACACACACCAAGAGAAUGUAUUAUGCUGUACAAAUAUGUGCACAUCAAUUUUUAA